AGGUCGCGGUAAGGUGUGUAAUGCAGUUUUCAAACUGAAUUUGUGAACAUAAGACCUUAAAAACUAAAAAUGUUAUCAGAAAGUCUGUGUUUUUGCUAAAUGGCUUAAUAAUAAAUCACAGAAGGUAACUAAACCGCUCUUACUCUUUUAGACGCAGCUGUCGUUAUGUUUUAUCAGUAUUUCAGUCUUUCUGUAUGUUUUUGUUUACAUGUAGGCUACUAUAUCAUAGUUGUAUUAAAACAGUAGAAAUGCCUUUUACUGUAUGACAGCUAUGUUGUUGCUAUUCUAUCAUGACACCAAGGAAAGCAAAUUAUUUUGUUAUUUUAGAGACAGUUGUCUUAAAUGUCUCAAAAGGUUUCUUAAAUUAACGUGGCCUAAAUCAUUGUAUACUGUUUAAACUGUGCAGUUGGCUCGUUGAAUCAGCAUUAUACUGUAGGCUACACGGCGAGUUUGCCUGUAUAGAGAAUGUGAAGCUGACGUCACGCCCUAUGUUGCAGUGGCGCCGCCAUUUUGGGAGGAUCAUACUCCGCUGCUAUAGAGGGUAUGCACGUGUCGGCACUUUCCCACGUGAACACGCCGGAACGCGCCUGCUUGAGUGGUAAAACACUAGGCAAAAUGAAUGGUUACAAUAUCAGGAAACGCAAUUCCGCGCAACAUUUGAGUGUCUAAGAACACCCGAUUCCUUUGUAAGUCAUAAGGUUCACCUUCGAGUCCAGCUGCUUGUAGUUUCAGCAAAUAAUUGCGUGUUUUAGUCCCGGUUUUUGUUCCUCCCAUUGAAUGCAGCCAUUUUGCCUUACUUGUUUUGUAUGAUACUGUAUAUUAUAUAGAGAAAUCGAAAGUGAAAGAAGCAGGGACUUUUCCUGAGCAACUCUGCGUAAUGCUAUUGCAGUUUUUAACACAUCAAGACUGACCUACCAUAGUUGUAUUUCCUAAUCAAACAAGAAAAACAAAACACUGCAUUGAACACACUCGUAGCCAUCCUCCCAAGAUGGCGCAACAUUCAACGUGGCGUGACGUCGAUUAACAAGCUUUAUGAACGCACGAUGCGAUCAGAACGACUCGUAAACAAAUGACUCCUUUGAACCCAUUCGUUUAAAUGGUUGAAACUUUUCAGUCACUAGCGAAUAUAAAAAAAUCAGUGAAUCAUUCUAAGCUCAGUAAACCACAAGAGAACGCAGGAUGUGAAUGAGCUUUGCAAAUUUAGUAAGACUGGUUAAUUUAGUUGGCUAUUGUGGGCUGAAAAGUUAUAGUUGAAAAGAACAAAAAGCUUUAUUUGAUUUAAAAACAUUUCUGUUUGGUUGAAUAAAAGUAAUGUUUUAUGUAACUUAAUCAUUGUAAUUUUCAUCUAAUUUUUUAUGCUUUAAUAUGUUAAGUGUUGAUUGAGCCACUUAAAGGUGUACUUAAACAGUCAUGUUUAAGGCCUACUCGUGCAUGCGUGUAUACAAGAUAAGAAUGGCACCACCUCCGCCUCAUUUUGAGCCAGGAAAAACCCUGUAUAUGUUUUGUCUGUUUGUACAGUACAUACACAAAAUGGCAGAAGCCAGUGUUCCUUUGGUUCAGGAUCAGUUUAUCUGUUCAAUCUGUUUGGAUCUACUGAAGGAUCCAGUGACUAUUCCCUGUGGACACAGUUACUGUAUGAGCUGUAUCACAGACUGCUGGGACCAGGAUCAGAAGAGAGUCUACAGCUGCCCUCAGUGUAGACAGACCUUCAGUCCAAGACCUGUUUUAGGUAAAAACACCAUGCUGGCUGAAGUGGUGGAGAAACUGAAGAACACUCAACUACAAGCUGCUCGUCCUGAUCACUGUUAUGCUGGACCUGGAGAUGUGGAGUGUGACGUCUGUACUGAGAGAAAACACAAAGCUGUCAAGUCCUGUCUGGUGUGUCUCAGCUCUUACUGUCAAACUCAUUUUGAACAACAUGAGAAUUUAUUUAAAAGCAAGAGACACAAAGUGACUGAUGCCACUGGACGACUUCAGCAGAUGAUCUGCCCUCAACAUGAGAAACUUCUUGAGUUUUACUGUCGUACUGAUCAGCGCUGUAUAUGUUAUCUGUGCAUGGCAGGCGAGCACAAAAAUCACAAUACUGGAUCAGCUGAACAAGAGAGGACUGAGAAACAGAAACAACUGAUGGAAACACAAAGCAAAUACCAGCAAAUCAUUCAGGAGAAACAGAAGAAGCUUCAGGAGUUGAGAGAGGCUGUGAUGACUCAUAAGCGCUCUGCUCAGGCAGCAGUGGAGGACAGUGAGAGGAUCUUUACUGAACUGAUCCGCUCCAUUGAGAGAAGUCGCUCUGAGGUGAUACAGCUGAUCAGAGAUCAGGAAAAGGCUGCAGUGAGUCGAGCUGAAGAACUCUUAAAACAACUGGAGCAGGAGAUUGAUGAUCUGAGGAGGAGAGAUGCUGAGCUGGACCAGAUUUCACACACAGAUGAUCACAUCCAUUUCCUCCAGAGUUUCCAGUCACACUCUGUUCCUCCUGACACACUCAGCAUUACUACCAGUUUUCACAUAUCUUUUGAUGUUGUAAGAAAAUCUAUAACUCGACUCGGAGAGAAACUGGAGCAUUUUCAUAGAGAAGAGAUAGAAAAGAUAUUUAAUAAAGGCCUAGUUGCUCCCGAACCCAGGACCAGGGAGACGUUCCUUGAAUAUUUCCAUCCGGUCACUCUGGAUCCAGACACAAUGUACAAAUGUCUCCGUCUGUCUGAGAGGGGCAGAGUGAUUACUUUCACUGAAGAAGACCAGCUGUAUUCUGAUCAUCCAGACAGAUUUGAUAUUAGACCUCAAGUGUUGUGUAGAGAGAUUGUGCGUGGACGCUGUUACUGGGAGGUCGAGUGGAGUGGUGAGGUAAAUAUAUCAGUGUCAUAUAAGAGCAUCAGCAGGAAGGGAUGGGGUCAAGAGUGUUUGUUCGGACGUAAUAAUCAGUCCUGGAGUUUGUGCUGCUCUGACUCCAGUUAUUCAUUCUGGCACAAUAAAAAAAACACUAAACUCCCUGUAGUGUCCAGAUCUUCUAGAACAGGAGUGUAUGUGGAUCACAGGGCAGGAACUCUGUCCUUCUACAGCGUCUCUGACACAAUGACCCUCAUCCACAGAGUCAAGACCACAUUCACUCAACCUCUCUAUCCUGGAUUUAGAGUUUUUGGAUCAGUGAAACUGUGUGAUCUGACAAUAUAGAUAAUAAAGAAACAUAUACUGUAUAAGUUUUCGCAUGCAGGAUUGAUAAAAGCUAUUCUGGGUUACACUCAAUGACCCCACAGUGUACAUUCAUAUUGCGAAUGUAUUUCAUAAAAUCACAGAGAAAGAGCUUUAAUUGUACUAGAUUUUACCCAGCUGUGUUUAAGGAUUCUACCUGUUCUAAUAGCUCCUGCCAUGUUGUUUUUUCAAGUCCGUAAAUCCCAGUGUUUCCCACUACAAGUUUCUACUUUGUGUAAAUGUUCCAGAGCAUUCAUGUGUUCUUGUCAGCAUAAAUAUUAUUUUAAGUUUAGCUAUUGUUUUGUUGUUGUUUAUGUUUGAUAUAUUACAAAGUUUUGUAUAGAAUGGUUUGCAGCUUACAAUUCAAACUACAAAUGACAGCCUGCUAAAACAAAGGUGACACAAUAUCAAUAGGAAACACGCUGCAGCAUGCAGUACAGUGUACCAAAAAUAAAGUACAAAAAUAUUGUC